AAGCCUAGGCUUCUGGCUCGGAAGCCCUACCUCUUGACGUCACAUUUCCUGCUUUUUAGGCGAAAGAACGGAGAUUUUCAAAGAGAACUACAACGCCCUGCGGGCGGGACGAAAAGGAGUCCACUUUGGCGGACAUUUUGGCCCCUCUGCCUCAUGGGAGUUGUAGUUUUCUCAUUUAUUUUUCCCCCGAGAAUUGGCUGUAAGUUACAGAUAGGUAGUAACUGGCAGAGGUCACGUUGUACGUUUCUUUUCUAAGAGAGGCGCGUAGAGCGGGUCUGCGAUACAACCUCUGUCAGGUCCCUUUAAGGAACACCUGCAUGCGUUUCCAAUUCAGAACCCCUGGCGCAGUGUUGCCUAGUUGCAGCAAAGGCCCAGAGUCAUUGCUUUGUUAGAAGUGGAGGGUGGGGAGCCAGGAGGGAAGGGAUUAGGGCAGGUCCCAGUGGGAAUCCCCCUCCCACUUCCUGAGCCCUCUUUUUUCCCCUGCUUACUUCCUAGAGACCCAGAGAUUAGCUCCAUUAGCUCCCCGGCUCCCAAAGACAGGGUCAGGUAUGUUCAGAAAUUUGCCUGAGGGGCAAGACGCUGAAGUGCAAAAGUGAAAAGCCUCACCAGGCAGGAGAGGAACAGAGGGAGUCUCCAGGAUCCCAGGCAGAAUGUCUCAGGAGAAUAGUACAUGGAAGAGAAAGGCCCUGGGUGAUGAGCUUGCUGCCCUGAGGCUGCAGAAGCUGGAACAGCAGUGGUGGCUGUUUGAGAAGAAGCAGCGACGGAAGCGCCUAGAGCCCGUCAUGGUUCAGGCCAAUCCUGAUGCUGCCCUGCGGCCCCGGCGACCGUGGCGGCGGGAGGAGCGCCGCCUAGGCCGCAGAGGCCCUGGGAACCCUUUCCUUCGGGAGAACGUGCCAGAGGCGCAUCUGCACCCUGGUGCCCACAGUGUCCUGGGUACUGUGAGCUGCGGUGGAGAUGGCAGUGGCGAGUGUGGCCCCCUGUCGUCGUCAACAGAAGCAGAUGUUUCUGAUCUGGAGUUGGAGGAAGUCUCCAUGGAGGAUGUUCCUGCCUUGCCACCUCCUUAUGAAGAGCUUCCAGGGACUCGUCGCAGAGGCUGGGCAGCCCGCCAACAUCCUGGGGGCAGUGCUGAGAAUGAGAGCAAAUCCCAGGAUGUUGGAGAUGGAUACGAGGUGCCCAGCCUGAGACCAAACUCUGGAAUGGAUGGUGAUGGGGGUCAUGGAGACUUGGCCUCUGACAAGGGCGAAGACCUGGAAGAGAAGAAAGAGGAAUCGGAGUCUACAGGGAGGAACUCAUGCUGCGUGGCCGACAAGGAGGUGUCCGAGGCCCCAGAAGGCAUGGGCGGCGAGGGCAGCGGCGCUGCGGGGAGCUCGCCCGGCUUGCCUCCCUGCGCCCCAGGCCCUCGGCUGGGCGAGGAUAUGGCAGCGUAUGUGAUGCGGCCAGCGCUGUUCGGUCGCAUGGUGCAGUGUCUCAUCAGCCGCGACAGGCGCGGUGUAGACAAGGGCUUUUUCCCUUUCUACUAUCUCUACCUGGAGGCGGCCGACGGCCAGAAGCACUUCCUUCUCUCUGGGCGCAAGAGAAAAAGGAGCAAAACCCCUAAUUACCUCAUCUCCCUGGACCACACAGACCUAUCUCGAGAUGGGGACAACUUUGUGGGCAAAGUCAGAUCUAAUGCCUUGGGCACCAAGUUCACCAUCUUUGACAAUGGGGUGAAUCCCGAAAGGAAGAAUUUUGUCACAGAGACAGCUCGGAUCAGGGAGGAGCUGGGGGCUGUGUGUUACGAGACCAACUUCUUGGGAUUACGAGGGCCCCGGAAAAUGACUUUGAUCAUCCCAGGAAUCGACGCCCAGAACCGGAGAAUCGGUGUUCAGCCACAAAAUGAACAGGAGUCGCUACUGAGUCGGCUCCAACGGGGUGCCACCCAAGGGCUGGUCCUGAUGCAAAAUAAAGCUCCAUUGUGGAGCGACGAGAGCGGCGUCUACGUGCUCAAUUUUCACGGUCGCGUCACUCGGGCCUCGGUUAAGAACUUCCAGAUCGUGCAUCGGGAUGACCCGGACUACCUGGUGCUCCAGUUCGGCCGCAUUGCCCCAGACAUGUUCACCAUGGACUUCCGCUUCCCACUCUGCCCACUCCAAGCCUUCGCCAUCUGCUUGUCCAGUUUGGAUUGGAAGCUGGCAUGUGGGUAAAUUCAAUGAAAUCCUCUCAUCGGCUUCUGUGCCUUCUCAUUUGGAGAAAGGGCCCCAGCGUGGCUUCUUUUGCACCAGUUUUCUAUCACCCAACACCUAUGUAGAUGCUGCCUGGGUACCCCAUCCUAGGCUUUUCAGCAGCACUCGCUCUUUGGAAUUCACAGUCUGAUUGUGGGGGUAGGUCUUAACAAAAAAUCAAAAUGCUCAUCGGCGGUGAAGUAGGAAGGCACAUGGAGGCACAAACUGGCCGGCUGGGUCGGAGCAAGGCAUGUCUGAAAAAAUAUCACCAUACUACAUCUGAGAAAUCCUAGGGACCUGGCUGAGCCAGAGGGCUCAGGAAUGGGAACAUCAUGCAGUGGCCACAGCUCAUACCAAGGUCUUAAGGUGGAAGGGGGCUUGGUUUGUUGGGAAUGAAAGGAUAGCUUAGCAGGAGCCAGGAGAACCUAUGGGGACGGGCAGGGAAUGAAGCUGGAUAAGAUGGGGGCCACUCUUUUUGCUUUUGCUUUUUAGGGCUGCAGCUGAGGCAUAUGGAGAA